UGGUGAUCGGGACGGUUCGUUCAUUUCUGCCUUGCCUUGAUGGCAUCGAUAACGCGCAUCUACGCUACGCAUCAUCGCCUUUGUUCUGCCGUGUCAAUCCACACACACACACACAUGCACCACGAGCCAAGACAUCACACGCAUAUUGACUCGCAUAAAGAGAGAGACCACCCUCAUCGAAUGCAGCCGUUCGUUUGAGCACUGGCCGAUCUCCUGAAACAGGCCGCAACGAUGGUGACGCCGCUGGCAACACAGGAGCGUCACUUUCGUUACAGCCUGAUUCACUAGAUCGACCAAUGCAGCACGAACGCAUCCACUCAGCAAUCAACCGGGUCAGGGGUGUCUAGGUAUAGGUAUUCUCUUGCAUAUUGUGUAUAAGGCUGUCGCUUGCGUGGCCUCACCAUACCAGUGUGCGCGCCUCAGCCGAGACCCUCCAACCCCCUGCACACACCAAGAGGGGAAACCUGGUGCACAGGACGUCGGCUGGCCGCGGACCAAGCAGCAGACAGGGAUGAGCGCAAGCCACGCGUUCACAGACGACGACGCCAAUCAGCAGCAGACAGGGAUGAGAGCGCAAGACAAGAAAAAUGCCAACGGAUCGCAUGGACAAUGGAAAAAGACAGAGUGACGCCUGGGGUGGUAGAGGGAAGAAGCAUCAGACGCACACGCAGAGAGACAGAGAGAGAGAGAGAGAGGCAGGCAGGCAGGUACAUACACAUCCACCACACACGCAAACACGGCGCUGUCUUAAAAUGGCCGACCGUCUCCAUCGGUCUCUCCCGUCUCCUACAACAACAUUUCACUACUACAAAGCUACAGAGGGUCGGAAAAACGUCUUGGCAGCUCUACGCAACGGUGCACUGCACCGCAGCCGGCCGGCCGGCCAGGCAGCAGAUGGAAAAGGAAAGUGACAGACAGACAGGUGAAAGAUGACGCAGCCAGCCACGCAGAUACGCCGAACGAAUGGUGUGUGUCGGUCUCGCGCGCACACGGCAGCGUGGUAGCUGCCCGCCUGGACACACACACACGCACAUACACACGCGACACGCGAUGAACAAUUCCAUCCAUCCAUCCAUCCAUUCACCUGUGAGUUGUGUCGAUAGGCCAUCACAUGCCGGGGAAGCCGCCAGGGAAGCCGCCCGGCAUGCCGCCACCAGGCAUCCCGCCUGGCAUGCCGCCCGGCAUCCCGCCGCCGGGCAUGCCACCGCCGCCCAUCCCGCCGCCGAACUUGCCCAUGAGCUUCUGGAACACCUUCUGGAAGGCCGGGUCGCUCAUGUACUGUCAUGUCAACACACACACACCAUCCCCACACGAGAUGUGUGUGAGUGUGUGGAGGGGGGGGGGAGGGCCUUGACUGACCUCCAUCAUCUUGCCGGGGUUCUUCUGCACCUCCUCCAGCUUCUUGGCCAGCUGAUAGAUCACACACACACACAAACCGCACCAGCGGAUGGAGGGGUGCCAUGACGUGCUUUGUACGCAUGUGCCAUGUGUGCACUGAACACACUUACCGAGGGGUCUUUGGUGAUUUCCUCCGCGAUCUCAGGGUCCCGCAGCAAAGUCUGCACGAAGUUCAUGGGGUUCCCACCACCACCACCACCAGGCAUCCCGCCCGCACCAGCACCAGGCAUACCUGCCCCACACCACCCCACACCAACAGACAGACACACAGGUGUUGUCGAAGAGAAGACAGUGUGUCGUCUGUGCCGACCGACCUACCCGAGAAGUCGAGGUCGGGCAUGUCGUCGUCAUCCUCUUGCACGUUGGCACGGCUCUUCUUCUGCUCCUCCUCCUGACGCUUCUGCUCCUCGUAGCUGAACCGCCCAGGAACAACACACGACACACACCAUCCACACACGUGGCUGCUGUCGUCAUUGGUGUGGUGUGGUGUGGUGUGUUGCGCGCACCGUCGCUGAGCCUCGGCCUUGCGGCGCCUCAUCUCCUUCUCGCGCUUCUUGCGCUCCUUCUGCAGCCAGACAGGCACACAGACGAGGGCCUUGUCUGUGUGUUGUCCAUGUGUGUAUGUGGCUGUGUUGGCAGGUGCCGACCUCCUCCUGCUUGCGCUGCUUCAUCCGUCGCUUAUCGUCGAGUUUGGCGAACUUCUCGUCGACCAGCUUCUGCAACUCCCACACGCCCUCGUCGUAGUCAAUCUGGAGAGCAUUAGAAGCAGGCAGGACACAACACCGACGGCCUUGCUGCGUGCCUGCGUCUGCCUGUCUGUCCCUCACGCACCUUCUGGCCGAGGUCGAGGUCGCGAUGGGCCUCCUCCCAGUGGCCCAAAUAGCUGCGCGCACACACGCAGACACACGCAGACGGCCAUUUCAUCUCUGCCCACAGCUAAUACAUGUGCCUGUGGUUGGCUUGGCUUGGCUUGGCUGACCGGUAUGCCUUUCCUCUGAUGCGGUACGCCUUGCCGUUGUCGGGGUUGAUCUUGAGGGCCUCGUCGCAGUCACGGAUACACGCUGCACACAUGGACACAGGCAGACACACAUACACACAGAUCGAUCUCUCCCUCUCUCUCUCCCUCUGUGUGCGCGUGUGUGUGUGUGGUCAGAAAAAAAAGCGGCUUACCCAUGGGUUUUUGGGCCUUGAGGAGGACGUCAGCUCGCUUGGUGUAGAGGAGGGCCGUGGGGUUGCCCAUCUCAACCACCUCAGUCAACUUCAACACCGCCAUCACGUAGUCACCGUUCUGACACACACAACACACACACGGAGAAACAGAUGCCCCGGCUCCCGGGAGUUCCGCUGCGUGUCCGUUCUUUCUCACCUCGAUGGCCUCCUGUGCGGCCUCCUUGAGGUCGCUGAUCUUGGUGUACUGACCCAACACACACCACACCAUACACAGACAGACAGAGGCAUGCCCUCAAUCCCCCGCACAUGCGCCCGUGUCCUCCCUGCCCACCCCACCUGUUCGUCGGUGAACUCGACUUCCCCUGCAGGGGCCAGCGAAGGGAACUCACUCGACUCGUCAGGAGCCAUCAGAUCGGGGUCAUCCUGACACAUGCACACACACACACACACACAUACGUGCGGGAGUCAAGUGCAUUGAGGUGCGUGUGGAUGGGACGGGGGGGGAGAAGGGGAUGCGUGUCAGUGGUCGCGUACCUCCUCGGGUUCGUUCUCUUCGAUCUCCUCGUCCUCCUCUUCCUCAUCCUCCUCGGGCUCGUUGUCCUCCUCCAUCCUCUCGGUGGUGGUGGUCGGCUUGCCGUUCUUCAUCGGCUCAUCUGGACAGCCACAACCACACACACAUAUAUACACACAGACAGAGGGCAGCCAUCCACACAAUCAGCCUUCUAAUGCACACCCUACCCUCAUCGGCUUCUUCGACGUCGUCUUCCUUGCCCUCGGGCUUGGGCGGUAUGGUGGCGCCGAGGCUCCGGAGGUAGUCGGUGAAGAACUGCAGCUUCGGCUCGUGCAGCACCUCGGGCGUCUGCUUCAGCAACGCAACGAAGUCCUUCAACGCAGCGACUGAAGCACACACACACAGCGGCAGAGGGACAGGACACGAUAAGCCACAGACAAGGAGCGAGACACCCAUCAUCUUCCUGCCCAGGUGACACCGCCAGCCGGCACCUGGUCAACAUGCGCCCUCUCCCUGUCUGCGUUGCUGCCUGUUUGUGUGUCGGUGGUGACAUGACAGUCACAUCUGUGCCGCGAGGAGCCCAGCCCUCCGUCGCCUGCGCUUUGUCUGCCUUGUGUGUGUCCCCUCUGCGCUCACUUUUGUUCGGGUCGAUGCUCAUGGUCUCGGACGAGCGGGGCAUCAAGCGCAGAACAGAUGAUGAAUCAGAAAGCUGGCAGAGAGCUCAGAUCUCACACCACACAGAGGUGCUGGCCUCUCUGCAACACUUCUCCAACUUCCUACAAG